CACAGAUUGCAACACAUAACCUCGCCGAAGUGUGUUCUUGCCAGUGCAUGGCAGCGCUUCAACCAGCAGCGGUCGGCUAACAAUUUUGCUCUUCGCGUCAAACGCGCAACGUAAACUCAGCGAAUUCCAGCGGUGCGGGCAGUGGCAGUGCACCGGACGACCGCAGGCGUGUGUGGCCGAAAUAUGCGUCGGGCGUCAACGGACAACCGUGCACCAUCAAUCGCGCUCGCAGCAUAGACAUUGCCAUCGUAGGCGAUUCGCAUCGCAUCGAUGCGUCUGGCGGUCGCUAGACGAUAGACACACGCGAUUACUCUCGACGGCGCGAGGCGUUCUUUAUUUGUUUUUGUGCACGCGCGCAGGAUGGCCGGGGUGUUUGACAUCGAGCUGCACGACGUCGUGCCCGCCGACGUCGACGACUCCGACGACGACGUGAUCGACGGCUACGAGGGCUACGACCAGAAUCCGAACGUGAACGAGAUUCUCGAGUCCGAUGAGAACCUUGAAACCACAGAGCUCACAGAGCAGAUUGUGAAUCCUGGCCAGGAGAAAACCAGCCCCAUGGACUUUGAAUUGCGCAAAGUGCUUGGAAAAGGCGGUUAUGGUAAAGUUUUCCAAGUUAGGAAGGUCACUGGCAAGGACAAGGGGACUAUCUUUGCCAUGAAGGUGCUUAGGAAGGCGUCGAUUGUCCGAAAUCAGAAGGACACUGCACACACUAAGGCUGAACGAAAUAUUUUAGAAGAAGUUAAGCAUCCAUUUAUAGUGGAUUUAAUUUAUGCUUUCCAAACUGGUGGCAAAUUGUAUUUGAUACUUGAGUAUCUCAGUGGGGGUGAGCUGUUUAUGCAUUUGGAAAGAGAAGGCAUCUUUUUAGAAGAUACGGCAUGCUUUUACUUAUCAGAAAUCAUCCUCGCCCUGGAGCAUUUACACCUGCAGGGCAUCAUCUACAGAGACUUGAAGCCUGAGAAUAUCCUGCUCGACGCGCAGGGCCACGUGAAACUCACCGAUUUCGGUCUGUGCAAGGAGCACAUUCAGGAAGGCAUCGUCACGCACACGUUUUGCGGCACCAUUGAGUACAUGGCGCCCGAGAUACUCACGCGCAGCGGCCAUGGCAAAGAGGUGGACUGGUGGUCGCUGGGUGCACUCACUUAUGACAUGCUCACUGGUGCACCACCAUUCACCGCCGAAAAUCGUAAGAAGACUAUCGAGAAGAUCCUUAAAGGUAAAUUAAUCCUACCGCCAUAUUUAACUUCGGACGCACGCGACUUGGUGCGCAAACUGCUCAAACGACAAGUCGGCGCGCGUCUGGGUGCGCAACCACACGACUCUCUGGAAGUGAAGCAACAUCAGUUCUUCAAGCAUAUCAAUUGGGAUGACGUGCUCAAACGUAAACUUGAACCGCCAUUUAAGCCUUGUUUGACGAGUGAAGAUGAUGUCUCGCAGUUUGACACGAAAUUCACCCGCCAAACACCCGUCGAUUCCCCCGAUGAGUCGACGCUUAGCGAAAGCGCCAACAUGAUAUUUCAGGGCUUCACCUACAUAGCUCCGUCGGUGUUGGAGGACAUGUACAAGUCGCAGAUUGUCAAAUCGCGCUCGCCGCGCAAGAACCACCCGACGCCGCUGCGCCACCAUUUUGGUUUGGGGAUGGGCGGCGUGAUGGGCUCCAGCUUGCAGUAUCGCACACAUCCGCAGCACCAGCAGGCGCCCACACACCACUACCACCAUCCGUCCUACCAGCAGCAGCAGCAGCAGCAACAGCAGCCGGGCGUGGCGCCCUUCCUACCCAAUCACCACCUGCAUCCGCACGCGCAGGCGCCGCAGCAGGCUGACGAGAUGAUGGAAGUAAGCUCAGGUCUACCUCACACUUAAAGUUAGUUCAAUUUCAUUUUGCUACCACAGACACGACUAAACGAAACUAAAACCAAAACAAAAAAUCGGACUACGUGUAAAUCGUAACAACAGUAAGUUUAGCGGAGAGAAAUUUAAAUUUCUAUAUGAAUAUUAUAUUAUAUAAAUGAGAAAAGUAACAAAACAAAAAGUAAUAAUACUAAAGCGCGCAUCGCAUAUAGAUAUUUAUAUAUUCGACUCUUUUUUCGUCAUUCUUUUCUUCUUGGUUAAUGAUUAGAGGUUAGGUUUGUAGGUGUUUUUUUUUCUUUCUUGUAUCACUAACACGGGAUUUUCAAUAAUUUGUGUCACGACGCUGAAACGAAAACAAAUCAUAUGAUGGGUUAUGACUAUAGUAGAGCUGCAGGACGGAAUACCAAUAUAUAAAAUAUAGUAGUUAAUAUUUUUGUUACCAAAUAACGCAUACCAUAUUUGCAUGCCGAAGUCGCCAUAAUUCUACUGUUAUCUAAUUGUUUAAUGAUUAACGAUUUUGUUUUAAUGUUAUAUACGAAACUAUAGCUGAAUUUUAGUACACACACACAGACACCGCAUGGCUAUAAAUCCGCAACGGACGCUAACAAAACAAAAAAAAGAAA